AUGACGACCAUGAUGCAGGAGAGAUUUGUUGGUCACAUCAAGGCUCAUCAUGUUCGCCCGGCUUCUCUUAUUCACGGCCCUGCUUGCUGUGCCUCUGGCUUACUUCCUAUCGAUGAGGUUGGCCCAGCAGUUAUUGCGCUCGACAGUUGGUUCCGGCCAGCUAUAGAUACCACGCGCAAAAGGAAUAGGCAACAUGCCUUCAUCACGCCGAACACUCUUGUAGACCAUUUCUUGGGUAUCCAGCCACUCUGGACCAGGUUCUGGAAAUACCCUGCCCCAUCGUCAGGAUUUCACUUUCCAGUUCCUUUGCUCAACCUUCCAGAGAACAUGUACAUGAAUAUUCGCUAUAUCUACAGCGCAAUGUUUACGCCAGAUGCGUCAGAAACAAAAGCUCGACUUCAAGAAAUUGGGCUGGGAGAACCAAUGAAUUUAUUUGGAAUACAUCGACCGGGCGUUCCAUGGAUUACUCAAAACACACCAGGCGCCAUGAUCCCAGUAGAAGUUCUUCCGCCGAACGUCACCUGUGCUGGACCCAUCAUCUUAUCAGGGGCACAAGCUGAUCAACAGGAUCCCGAAACUGCAGCUUGGCUCAAGAAGGCUCCUACAGUUCUCAUCAACCUUGGUAGUAAUCUUGCUUAUGAUGAAAGCCGUGCUGAAGUUAUGUCAAUCGCUAUAACGGAGUUACUAUCCACCACCGAUUACCAGGUCUUGUGGAAGUUCAACAAGCUAGGAAACUUCUCCAGUGAUUUCUUGGUGCACUUGAAGCCCUACCUCGACAGCGAGCGGCUGAAAAUGCCAAGUUGGCUUAUGGCAGACCCCUCGUCACUUCUCGAUACUGGCAACAUUGUCACUUUGGUGCAUCACGGUGGUUCGAACUGCUAUCAUGAAGCCAUUGCAUCCGGUGUUACGCAAGUUAUACUCCCCUUAUGGGCAGAUCUCUACAACUAUGCUGCUCUAGCUGAGACAAGUGGUAUUGGGGUUUGGGGUUGCAAGGGUACAACGCCCGACUGGACGAGUGAGUGCUUGGUAGAUGCUUUCAUAAAAGGGAUAGAUGGUUGUGGUGAGAGCCGUUUGCAGCGACGAGCAAAGUGGCUGGGCGGUAGAAUAAAAGCAGGGAAUAAGGGGCGUGAUGUAGCAGCUGAUGAGAUUGUCAAAUUGGCAUACGUGAGAUGA